CCGCAUUGCAGGCUGUCCCGCUAGCGCGGAGCGGCUGCCAUGGACCACGGCCACCUCGGCAGAUACCGCCUGAGCCCCACCAGCAGCCCCCCAAGGUGGGAGAUCGGCAUCUACGCCGCCGGCGCCUUGGUGCUGCUCGGCGUGGCCGCCCUCAACCUCUGGAAGCUCUGGCGCUCCGGCACGUACCCGGCCCCUUCCCCCUUCCCCAACUACGACUUCCGAUACCUGGAGCAAAAGUACGGGGCGACGUAUUCAGAUGCCAAGCACAAGCGAGGGGCGGCCCCGGGCUCGCAGAGGCCGCUGGAGAAACCCUCCCCCAGCCGCAGGAGCAGCCUGAGGGCCGACGACACCUUCGAGAGCAUCAACGAGCUGGGGAGCCUGGAGCUGAUGAGCAAAGACCUGGGCUUGGCCCACUACGGCCCUCUGAAGAAAUCCAUCUCGGCCGACUCCCUCAGCUCCAUCUCGUCCAUCGGGAACAACUUCGGGCAGGACUUCACGGUGGGGCAGGUGGAGGUGUCGCUGGAGUACGACCGAAGGGCAGCCGCGCUGCACGUGACGCUGCUGCAGGGCAAGGACCUGCUGGAGAAGGACGACGCUCGCUUCGAGUCCUGCUUCAUGCGCAUCAGCCUCCUCCCGGCCGAGCAGAUCGUCGGCAUCUCCCGGGUGCAGCGCAGCGCCGGUGCCGUGGCCUUUGACGAGCGCUUCUCGGUGCCGCUGGACCCCGCGGCGCUGGGUGACCACGCUCUGCGCUUCUCGGCCUUCGGCGUGGACGAGGACGAGCGCAGCGUCAGCACCGGGCUGGCCGAGCUCAGGCUGUCAGACCUGGACCUUCCGGCACGGCCCUUCAGCGCCUGGCUGUACCUGCAGGACACGAACAAGGCGCUGGACACGGUGGGGGAGAUCCUGCUGUCCCUCAGCUACCUGCCCACGGCCGAGCGCCUGACGGUGGUGGUGGUCAAAGCCAAGAACCUCGUGUGGAGCAACGGCAAAGCGACCGCAGAUCCCUUCGUCAAGGUGUACCUGCUGCAGGACGGGAGGAAGAUCAGCAAGAAGAAGACAGCGGUGAAGAGGGACGACACCAACCCCGUGUUCAACGAGGCCAUGAUCUUCUCGGUGCCAGCCAUCGUGCUCCAGGAUCUGUCCCUGCGGGUGACGGUGGCCGAGUGCGGCGAGGACGGCCACGCCGACAACACGGGACACGUGCUGAUCGGCCCCGCGGCCGGCAGGACCGGCGUCACGCACUGGAACCAGAUGCUGGCCACGCUCAGGAAGCCCGUCUCCAUGUGGCACCCGCUCCGGAGGAACUAG